AAAGAAGAAAAAAAAAAAAAACCCUAGAGGUCUGAUAAAGCUCGCCAUUGAUCCCCAGCCGUCGAACAUCCGCGCGUAGGCGACCGUGCGAGCGCCGGAGACCCACCGUCUGUGCGAGCACCGGAGCCCAUUUUCCUAAUCUUUCCGCUGAUUUUCAAGCGACGCGCUAGCCAAGCCGAGAAUGAAUUUUAUGCAAGAUGAAGAUAUUCGUUUAGAGACUACGCGAGCUAGAUUUUCAAAUGUUCUCAAAAGGCAUGGGGAGUUAACGGAGCGCCUUUCAGGGGAUUCUGACAAGAUGAUAUUUGAGCGUCUACAGAAGGAAUUUGAAGCUGCUCGAGCUUCUCAAACUCAAGAGAUUUUUUUAGAUGGCGAACAAUGGAAUGAUGGGCUAUUAGCUACAAUAAGAGAGCGGGUUCACAUGGAGUUAGACAGAAAGGCAAUGCCUGGAGAUGCAAACAUGUCUUCAGGUCCUCAUUUUCAGGAAAGAAUUACUUAUAAAGCAGGAAGUAAGGUGAUUUGCUGUUUGGAAGGGGCGAGAAUUGGAAUACAAUACGAGACAUCUUUUGCUGGAGAACCUUGCGAGUUGUAUCAUUGUGUGCUAGAGAGCAAGUCUUUUCUUGAAAAGAUGACUGUCCUUGAACAUACGAUUCCAUUUUUUCUGCCAUUAAGGGAAGCUGAAAAUGAUCUUCUAUCCUCAAAUGCUAUGAAAUUUAUAGAUUACAUCGGAGAACUUUUACAGGCUUAUGUGGAUAGACGGGAACAGGUUCGGCUUGUGAAGGAGUUGUAUGGAAACCAAAUUGGAGAAUUGUAUUAUAGCCUUCCCUACCAUAUGAUAGAGUUUUCCCUUGAUGAUUUUGAUUGCAAGGUAACUGUUGCACUUAGAUAUACAGAUCUGCUCUCUGUACUUCCUUCUCGUAUCAGAGUACUAGCAUGGCCAGUGCAUCAAUCCAAGAAAAAUAGUUCAAAUUUGAUUACAAGUAGGAAGGAGAAUGGAGGUAUGGCAGGUCAACCCGGUCCUGUUCGUCUGUCCUAUGCAGAGGAUGCAUUACGAACCAUGAGCUUACCAGGAGCUUAUGCAGAGAUUGUGUUGAAUUUGCCACGAGCUCUGCCGCAAAUAUAUCAGCAAAGGACCCCCUCUUAAUGCUUCGUCUCAUUUCAGCAAAACCUUACUAUGUACAAAAGCUAGAGGAGAGUUUGUUGGGGCUCUAGAUGUUGUUUAGCAACUGAGUACAGAUUUAACAGGGAGACCAUUGCGAGGCGAAAAUGGAGAUAGGUUGGUUCUCAUCAUUUUGUAUAUUAGAAAAGUAUAUGAUCCGGGUUUAGUACUGUCUGUGUCUAGUUGUCGAUAAAUUUUUUGUAUCAUUCGGUUUUGAUUUCUAUUGUCAUGACUCCAAUUUCAUCAGAUUCCUCUGACAGAACUCAAUGUAAUCUUUAUGGCAUUAUAAAACUGAUAAGUGAAAUCAUAGUCUUGCAGUUGUUAUUGUAUUGAGUC